AUGAAAGGCCAAAAACCAAUCAAUGAAACAAGGCCCAAAUAUGGCCUAAUUUUCCAAAUUGGGCCCAUGAUGUCUGGUGGCAACAAAGAGGUGGUAGGAAACGGCAAAAACAGCUCAUACUUGCGAACAUAUAAGCACUCAACCACUUGCAAGGCGGCAGAAACGCCGCCGACAGCAACAACAGGGGUGUUUCCCCAUGUUACAAGCACCGGAAAGACAAAGGAGAGGAGAAGCUUUACUUACCGAGAGCUUCUGGUUGCUUGUGACUCACGCAUCGACGCCCACAACGCGUUCCUUGGCCCUUGGCGGUUUUCUUGGCAGCUCACGACGGUUACCGCUUCACCUUUGACUUCGUCGGCGACAGGAGCGACAGUGGUGGUGUUCGACGGCCAUGCGACAAGGAGGUAG